UGCGCUAUUAGUAGCGGGCGGUCACGCAAAGAAGUCAGGUGUGUGAAGCAAAGUGAGGGCGGGGGAGAGGCGAGGCGAUGACCGGCUCCACCUCCGCUCCCCGGGUAUAAAAGGCGGCGGCGGCGGCGUCCUCCCCCUACCCACCCCCGCGCCCCCGCCUCGGCGCCUCCCGCAGUCCCGCUGCUCUCCACCCGACCAUGGCUGACCUCCCCGACGCGAACGCCGCGGGGUUCAAGCUCUUCGGCAAGGUCAUCCAGCCCCCCGACGCGCACCGCGCCGCGGAGGCGGGCGCCGAUCCUCCGCAGCCGCUGACGACGACGACGGCGGCGGCGGCGGUUCUUCCGCCUCCGCAGCCGCAGUCCCGGCCGCUCCCGCCGCCGGUUCUGCAGCUGCAGGCGGCCGGCGCCGGCGCGGCUGCCGGGGCAGGGGGCGCGGGCGAGCCGCUGCCGUGCCCGCGGUGCGGGAGCCGGGAGACCAAGUUCUGCUACUUCAACAACUACAACGUGCGGCAGCCGCGCCACCUCUGCCGCGCGUGCCGCCGCUACUGGACGGCCGGCGGCGCGCUCCGCCGCGUGGCCUCCGCGUCCCCGGGCCGCCGCAGGCCGCGCCCGGCCGCCCGAUCGGCCGCCGCCGCCGCCGCAAUCGCCACCGCGUCCUCCGCCACCGCCGCCGCCGAGGAGGGGGGCGGGGAGCGUUGACCCGGCGGUCGUAGGGCGCGGCCGCUCCGCUCGCUCGAGGCUUCCUCCCCGCGCGGGCGUGACGCCGUGGCGCGGUGCCGCGCGCCCGGGGCCACGCCCCAGUGACGGGCCGGCCGGCCGGCCUGCGUGGGGCCACCCCCGCGCCCCGUCGUCGCCCUUUUCACACGUAGCCCCUCCCAGGGUUAACAGUUUCGUUUUUACUGUUCGGAAUUUCAUUUGUUUGACCAAAAUUUGACUUUUAUAUUUUUGAAUUUGGAAUUCAAAUAUACAAUUUUCCGAACCGAAAUUUCUGUCCCGGUGAGUAGCGAAAACGGGAAAAAUGACCGAAAUUUCGGUCUUUCCGACCGAAAUUGUUAACCCUGGCCCCUCUUUGCCCUUUGGUUUUAUUAGGCUCUAUUUUUCAUACCUUUAUAGGAUUCUUUUGGUGGCCAAAAGGAUGCGGCCGGCCAGCUGCGACCGCGAGAGUUAAGUUUGGUAGGCGGUUUAAAAAGUGAGCUGCUAUGAAUGAAUGCUACGUUACCCCGAUACUCCAGAGAGGUGCGAAUUACGUAUCCGAUACGUAUCGGAUACCGAUACGCGGCGAAUACAUGACGGAUACGUAUCGAAGAAAUAUCUGUAAAAAAAAUAAAUGAAACAUAAAUCAGAUACUUAUUUGGGUACGUAUAAAAUCUACUUCCGAUCGACCGAUCUAGAAAAAGGGAAGGUUAUAUGGACUGUUUGGUGGUCUCU